AUGCGAUUUCACGCCUUUUUAGGUUCAUCCUUAAGUGGCCACCAGCUACACGAUAACAGCUGUGAGUCAGACGCGCUGAGGAUGGCAGCAAGUGUUAUCAGGACGCUGAGUAACCUGGGUUUGGCGAAACCCUUCCCUCCCUGCUUCUUUCCGGCUGAGGAUGAGGAGGAGACCGAAGAAGAAUAUGAAGAGGAGCUGAGAGAGGACAGUUUGGAGGAGGACGAGGAUGCAGUAGCCAGUGAGUCUCAAGAGGAAGAGCCAUGGAGUUUUGAUUCGUCCCCCAAUAACGCUGAGAUGACCAAUCAGCUCCUGCGGUUUGCUGAACUCAUCAGCAGCGAUGUCCAGCGCUACUUCGGCCGAAGCCAAGACCCUGAUGCCUGUGACAUCUAUGCAGAGAGACCGUGUCCAAAAGUCGGGGGCCGCCAGCGGUACUACGCUGACUUCAUCAAAGUAGCAUCAUCAGGGCAGGCGGAGGAGCCUGAGCUGCUCGGGCCCCUUGCAGAGCUCUUUCAAGACGCCCAAAGGAAAGGACGGGGUUUACCCAUGAACCAACGUCGCCUGCCAAACAGUUUCUGGACAGAGCCUUUUGCACAUCAGCUUGACACGUUGGGUGAUGCAAACACACAAGAGAACUCGCUCAGUAUGAUUAACACAUCAGAGGGCUCCAGUCACAUCAACACGUCAUUGAGUAUGUUCAGUAACACGAGCGUUUGCACCAUGACCAGCUCCAGUAGCUCAAGCACACCAGACUUCAGUGAUUUACUUGCUCACUGGGCCAUGGACAGAGAAAAUCCCAAUGAAUUCAACUGUGACUAUCCACUUUCAUAAUCAAUCAGCCUGUC